AUGCCUAUUGUUAUCCAAUAUUGGAAAAACAAAGGGAUCAAAUCGUUGUUAUUGAUUACUUUGAAGGAAGGAGAGGAAAUUAAAAGCGAUAAAGCGGCUGCAAGAGUCUUGAAAUUUGCUGAGGAAGAGCUGGGUGUAAGUAAAAUAGGAUGUACCAUUCUUUUCUCUCAGAUUUUCACCUAAUUUUUUAUCUUAGGCAAAAAUCGAGUAUUUCCAUAAUAAAACACUCAAAACUGGCCAGUUUACGCAAACUUUGAGAAGUUUUGCCGCAGGCACCGAAUUUUCCUGGACUUUGGAUCCGGAUAAGACGGUGUUUAUCACAAGCGAUGCAGAUUUCUUCCCGAAUAAAAUGGAAUCUCAUGUUCCGAAGGUGAGAAAAGGGAAGGAAAUUAUGUUUUAUGACCACGAUUGCUGUGGAUUCCUGAGACAUCGGGGAGAGAGAUUCCAAAUGUACAUCAUGAUUACAAUUGGAAUGACAUUGCGAAGAUGGAGGGAGAUUAUGAGUGAGUUAUUUUGAAGGGCUGGCUUAGAAUGGUCAGCUGAGUGUACCAGGAGGAAUACUAAUUGUAAGAGAAGGGUUGCUUAAAAUGAUCGCCUUCAAUUUUGAUUGAACUUGGAACAAAUAAAAAUUUAAUUUUUUGAGACUAACGUGAAUGAAUUGGUUUGUGUUUUGAGGGUAUUGCCGUAAUUUUUUGCCCAAAACUCUAUCCGAAUUUUACGUACUCUCUCAAAGAUCUUUGAAUAGUUUGACUGGCCUGAAAAGCGUAAGCUAAAAUUUUGAAGAACUCAUGUACGUAUGCAUUGUAGGGCUUACUUAAACAGUGUGCUAUACACAAAAGCCUUGAAACUUCUGACCUCGCGCAACAACAGGCUUCCGAUAAAUGGGUCCAUUGUUUUUCAGGUAUCCCAGACAAUCCAUUAGAUGGCGAUUGGAUUGAUACUUAUGUGAACCAAACUUUUAAUGGGGUAAUCAGCCGAAAGAGUACUUGGUGGCAGUGGUUUUUGGAUCAGAGAGUGUUUGGAAUCCAUAUGAAACGGUGGAAAGAGGCUCAUGAAGAGGAGUAAGGAUAUUGUUAUUCCAAGGUACCCCGAAAUCCAUUUCAGAUACUCCAGAAUAGUGGACACCCUCUACCGCAAAGGUCAGCCUCGACUGGAACGGUUUGAUUGGCCAGCAGACGAUGUCUUGGCCAAGACAGAUGUCUGGAACACCUAUGAAAGUGCCCACCUUACCCCGGGGAUCUUCAUGGACCAUGUUUGGGAGAAGAAUCUCGUUUUUUACAAUCGAAUCUUCCCUUCUGAUCAAGUUAAAAAGCUGACGGAAUAUAGAAAUAGUGUGGUGGAGGUGAUGAAUGUAACCGAAACUUUGAGAAGACAUUAUCAUCCAGAGCAGAAUGGAGCAUAUUGGGAAAAGACUUUCCAAAUUACGGACAUGCUGGGGGAAGCAAAGAAAAGGGUGAAGAGCAAGGGAAAGAGAGAACAAAAAGAUGAUAUGGAAAAGAAGGCAGACAAUGAAGGAACUGAUGAUAAAGCCCAGCAGGAAAAAAGAGAGAAGCUUGAAAAGAAGCAAGAAAAAUAA